UCUUCCAGAGAUACGGAGACAGUUCCGACGGAGGGGGAGUAUAUAGAGGAACACACAGGUCAUUACAAGGACGUGAUGAUGGAGAAUCACCGGCCCCUCACAUCACUGGAUGGACCCAGUAACAGAGAUACCCCAGAGAGAUGUCCCCGUCCUCUGUAUUCCCAGGAUUGUACAGAGGAGAAUCACAGGAUCCCACAGGAGGAUCAGGUAGAACGUCUUUCUCGUAUAAAGGCAGAAGAUAUAAGGAGAGAAGAAGAGACGUAUGUGACUGAUAUAAAGACAGAAGAUACAGAGGGAGAAGAAGAGACGUAUGUGACUGAUAUAAAGGCAGAAGAUAUAGAGGGAGAAGAAGAGACGUAUGUGACUGAUAUAAAGGCAGAAGAUAUAGAGGGAGAAGAAGAGGCGUAUGUGACUGAUAUAAAGGCAGCAGAUAUAGAGGGAGAAGAAGAGGCGUAUGUGACUGAUAUAAAGGCAGAAGAUAUAGAGGGAGAAGAAGAGACGUAUGUGAAUGAUAUAAAGGCAGAAGAUAUAGAGGGAGAAGAAGAGACGUAUGUGACUGAUAUAAAGGCAGAAGAUAUAGAUGGAGAAGAAGAGACGUAUGUGACUGAUAUGAAGGCAGAAGAUAUAGAGGGAGAAGAAGAGACGUAUGUGACUGAUAUAAAGGCAGAAGAUAUAGAGGGAGAAGAAGAGACGUAUGUGACUGAUAUAAAGGCAGAAGAUAUAGAGGGAGAAGAAGAGACGUAUGUGAGGGGUGAUCAGCAGUGUAAGGAGGAGGAGAUCCCUACAGAUAUCAGCACAGCAGAUGGACCCACAAGCAGGAAUAUCUCAGAAGUACAUCUAAUGUUAUCCCUGGAUUGUGAAAUAACAGAUAAUGACAGUAGACAGGAUUCUCCAGGAGAUAAUACCAUUACCCCAAUUAUACAUCAAGCUCUAUCAGCUGAUCCCCCUGAUCCUGGGAAAUGUUCUCCUGAUCACUCUAUUACAGCUCUGAGAUUAGAUACAGAGUUUCCCUGUUCUACAGAUGCCAAAUGUUUUACACAGAACACAAACCGUAUUACUCAUCAGCCAGCUAAGGCAGGUGAGAGGCCAUUUCCAUGUUCUGAGUGUGGGAAAUGUUUUACAAAUAAAUCAAAUCUUGUUAGACAUCAGAGAAGUCACACUGGUGAGAAGCCAUUUCCAUGUUCUGAGUGUGGGAAAUUUUUUACAAAUAAAUCAAAUCUUGUUACACAUCAGAGAAGUCACACAGGUGAGAAGCCGUAUUCCUGUUCUGAGUGUGGGAAAUGUUUUGCACAGAAAUCGGAUCUUUUUAUACAUCAGAGAAGUCACACAGGUGAGAAGCCGUAUUCCUGUUCUGAGUGUGGGAAAUGUUUUGCAUCGAAAUCAUAUCUUGUUACACAUCAGAGAAGUCACACAGGUGAGAAGCCGUAUUCCUGUUCUGAGUGUAUGAAAUGUUUUCCACAGAAAUCAGAUCUUGUUACACAUCAGAGAAGUCACACUGGUGAGGAGCCAUUUCCAUGUUCUGAGUGUGGGAAAUUUUUUACAAAAAAAUCAAAUCUUGUUACACAUCAAAGAAGUCACACAGGUGAGAAGCCGUAUUCCUGUUCUGAGUGUGGGAAAUGUUUUGCAUCGAAAUCAAAUCUUGUUACACAUCAGAGAAGUCACACAGGUGAGAAGCCGUAUUCCUGUUCUAACUGUUGGAAAUGUUUUAGACAGAAAUCAGAUCUUGUUACACAUCAGAGAAGUCACACAGGUGAGAAGCCAUUUUCCUGUUCUGAGUGUGGGAAAUGUUUCACACAGAAAUCAGCCCUUGUUAAACAUCAGAGAAGUCACACAGGUGAGAAGCCGUAUUCCUGUUCUGAGUGUGGGAAAUGUUUUACAUAUAAAUCAGAUCUUGUUAGACAUCAGAGAAGUCACACUGGUGAGAAGCCAUUUCCAUGUUCUGAGUGUGGGAAAUUUUUUACAAAUAAAUCAAAUCUUGUUACACAUCAGAGAAGUCACACAGGUGAGAAGCCGUAUUCCUGUUCUGAGUGUGGGAAAUGUUUUGCAUCGAAAUCAUAUCUUGUUACACAUCAGAGAAGUCACACAGGUGAGAAGCCACAUCUGUGUUUAAAUUGUGGGAAAUGUUUUACAUACAAAUCAGGUCUUGUUACACAUGAGAGAAUACAUACAGGUGAGAAACCAUAUUCCUGUUCUGAGUGUGGGAAAUGUUUUACCCAGAAAUCACAACUUAUUACACAUCAGCGAAGUCACACAUGUGAAAGGCCAUUUCCAUGUCCUGAGUGUGGGAAAUGUUUUGCACAUAAAUCAGAUCUUGUUAGUCAUAACAGAAAUCACACAGGUGAGAAGCCAUUUUCAUGUUCUGAGUGUGGGAAAUGUUUUACCUGGAAAUCACAACUUGUUACACAUCUGCGAAGUCACACAGGUGAAAAUCCAUUUCCAUGUUCUGAGUGUGGGAAAUGUUUUACAUAUAAAUCACAACUUGUAAUACAUAAAAGAAUACAUACAGGUGAGAAACCAUAUUCCUGUUCUGAGUGUGGGAACUGUUUUACAUACAAAUCAACUCUUGAUGCACAUAAGAGAAGUCACACAGGUACAUCACCAUUUCCAUGUUCUGAGUGUGGGAAAUAUUUUGCACAGAAAUCACAACUUGCUAGACAUCAGAGAAGUCACACAGGUGAGAAGCCAUUUCCAUGUCCUGAGUGUGGUAAAUGUUUUGCACAAAAUUCAGAUCUUGUUAGUCAUAACAGAAGUCACACAGGCGAGAAUCCAAUUUCUUGCUCUGAGUGUGGGAAAUGUUUUGCCUGGAAAUCACAACUUGUUAAACAUCAGAGAAGUCACACAGGUGAGAAGCCUUUUCCAUGCUCUGAGUGUGGGAAAUGUUUUGCAAACAAAUCAGAUCUUGUUAAACAUAAGAGAAGUCACACAGGUGAGAAGCCAUUUCCAUGUACUGAGUGUGGUAAAUGUUUUGCACAAAAAUCAGAUCUUGUUAGUCAUAACAGAAGUCACACAGGUGAGAAUCCAAUUUCCUGCUCUGAGUGUGGGAAAUGUUUUGCCCGGAAAUCACAACUUGUUAUACAUCACAGAAGUCACACAGGUGAGAAGCCAUUUUCUUGCUCUGAUUGUGGGAAAUGUUUUGCCCGGAAAUCAGAUAUUGUUAGACAUCAGCGAAGUCACACAGGUGCGAGGCCAUUUCCAUGUUCUGACUGUGGAAAAUGUUUUGCACACAAAUCACAUCUUGUUAUUCAUCAGAGAAAUCACACAGGUGAGAAGCCUUUUUCUUGCUCUGAGUGCUCGAAAAGUUAUACUCAGAAAUCAGAACUUGUUACACAUCAGAGAAGUCACACAGGUGAGAAGCCAUUUCCAUGUCCUGAGUGUGGGAAAUGUUUUGCACACAAAAGAGAUCUUUUUAAACAUGAGAAAAGUCACACAGGUGAGAAGCCAUUUUCUUGCUCUGAGUGUGGGAAAUGUUUUGCACUCAAAUCAGCUCUUGUUAUACAAUGUCAUGUCCUCAUCUACCACUGCUAUGCAGAUGAUCUGUCUUUUGCUCCAGACAAUGAGAACCCAGUCCCAAUCCUAAAUGGUUGUCUAGCUGAGCUCCAGGUAAUUUAUUACAAACGCUAUAUUGAUGACCUGGUGUUUUGGCAAGGCUCUAGGGAAGAUCUGGUCCAACUAUGGGAAAAACAUAAUCAAACAGAACAUGUAGUGAAGUUCACCACAACAUUGGACGAGUUUACAAUACAUUUUUUAGAUGUAUCCAUCACCCGUAGUGACAAAGGGGUAUCUAUCUCCAUUUACAUCAAACCCACCGAUCGGAAUACAUUACUUAGUCAUCAAAUGUUUCAUCCUUUGGCUCUCAAGACCGGACUCCCCUACUCGCAUUUUCUGCGGGUUAGAAGAAUUACCUCAGACCCGGCAGAAACCAUAGUGGCAUUGGAUAACAUGUUGACUAAAUUUGCCCAGCGUGGAUAUCCAAUGAAAGCAUUACAGGCGUCAAAGACGGGAUCCGGUCUGAAGAUCGACAGUGCCUAG